GUGACUCCAAUGAUUGAUAACAAAGUCAUUUCCGCCUCUGUGAUUGGACGCACUUCACAGCCGCAGGAAAGGAAAGCGAGGAAACCGAAACUAAGUGGGACUGAGUGACUGCGAGUGUCUGCCUCAGUAGCGGCUGUAUCCGAGAGCCGGCGCUCGCACCAUGGACAAGCAGCCGCUGCUCAGAAACCUUGAAACCAACCAACCAUGUCAGCCCCUGAGCCCCCAGCUUUUAUCCAUGGCUGCAACUGCAGCUUACCCCGGAGCUCCCCAGGCUGAGGAACUUGCCUCAGCACCACCAGCUCAUCUGUUCGAUAAUGUAACUGGAUAUGAGGGGACCACAGCAGGUGGUGAGGAAAGAUUUGUUCCGCCGCCUCUUUCCACGGCAGAAGGAGCAGGAAGACAUGAGCCCCAUCCACAAGGGGCGUGGAGUAUUCCAUCUAUCACUGAAGAGACAGCUAGAGAGGCAUUUAUUGAGUAUGCAUCCAGCAAAUGUUGCUACAGUGCCAAGCCUGCCAAAGAAAUGGUCUUUCGAGAUUUAAAAUCAUGCAACACCUACAGAUAUCGCCUGGAAAGCUUCACUGAGUCCAGAUCAACUGAAUGGACAUCAGAGCCCUAUAAAGGUCAGUUUGUGGAUAGCAGUGCCUACGGACCCGCUCCACUUCCCUGGAGUAUUAUAGUGGAAAUACCCCAACUGUUUCAGGACAACAUUGAGAAAGUUCCCGUGCCACACACUUCAUCCAUAAAGGGAUGUCACUCGUGCAUGGCAAUGGGUAGAAGGGCAUGUACCAACUGCACUGCAACUGGAAGGGUAAAAUGCCAGUUUUGCAACGGCCGUGGAUACAAGUUUGAUGACAGGUGCAACCGCUGCCAUGGCAUUGGCCUUCAAUGCUGUAUCCAGUGUAAUGGCAGUGGUACAAUACCCUGUGAGACGUGCGACCAAAGUGGACAGCUCAUGAUCUACAUCCAGCUAACAGUCAAGUGGAAAAAUAAUGUUCUUGAAUCCGUUGCUGAUCAACAAAGUGGACUUUCUGCAGAUCUUUAUGAGAAAAUGAUUGGGCAAAAUAUCUUCACUGAUGAACAAGUCAGGGUCAGUCCUAUAGUAACGUUUCCAGAAAUUCAAAUCAAUCAGGCCUCAAGGAAGGCCAUCCAGGAGCAUCAGGUCCAGCUAACAAGAACGUCUCUCGUAAUCCAGCAGCGUCAGACGAUUGAGUUCAUUCCCAUCACUCAAGUAUACUAUGAAUGGAAAGGAAAAGAAUACAAUUACUUUGUAUGCGGAGUUGACAACAAAGUGCAUGCCCCUGACUAUCCUGCCAAGUGUUGCUGCACCAUUCUAUGUGCAGUGCCUGGAGAUCUUCCAAUGGCUAGUGGGGGCCAAACUGUACCACCAGCAAACAUGCUGGAUAAACUGGCUGGCUAUGAGUCCAUAGCUGCAGAUGGAGAGGAAAGAUAUCUACCUCCCCCGGUUUAUCCAGCAUACAACGCAGAGGGUGGCCAACCACAGUCUAAUCAGCAAUGGAGCAUUCCCUCCAUCUCUGAGGAUACAGCCAGACAAGCGUUGAUCCAGUAUGCAUCUGAACACGUCACCUACAGCAGCCGUCCUGCUGAAGAAAUGGUCUUCAAAGAGUUAAAACCAUACAACAUGUAUAGGUAUCGCCUUCAGAGCUUCACCGAAUCUCGAUCACCAGAAUGGAAAAGUGAACCUUAUGUUGGUCAGGUGAUUGACAGCUCUGGUUUUGGCAUCCCUCCCCCGCCAUGGGAAGUGCCAGUAGACAUUCCGAAAAUGUUUGAGAAAAAUAAGAAAAAAGUACAGGUGCCUAACACUGCAUCUGUCAAGGGGUGCCACAAAUGUAUGGCGAUGGGUAAAAUCCCAUGCAAUGAUUGCCUUCAAACAGGACGGGUGAAAUGUAGGAUGUGCGAUGGUAGAGGAUCUAUGCUUGGCAAUGACACCAGAUGCAAUCAUUGUAUGGGUAACGGGGUAGAAAGUUGUAGAUCCUGCAGUGGACAUGGGCAACAGAAGUGCGAUGUGUGCCAAGGCCGUGGUCAAUUGUAUUUUUACAUUCAGUUGACAGUAAAAUGGGAAAACAACAAAUUUGAACAAGUUAUUGAACAACAGUGUGAAUUUCCCACACAGAAACUCAGUAAAGUCACUGGGAAGGAGCUCUUCAGUGAUCAACAGUUUCAGGUGUACCCUAUCCUGGGCUUCCCAGAUCCCAGGAUUAAUCAGAUCUCCCAGCAGGGGAUCCAGGAGCAUUGGACUCAGUUUGGAAAGACUUCUCGUAUAAUCCAACAGCGACAUACGGUUGAAAUCAUCCCAGUCACCGAAGUGCAAUUCCAGUGGAAAAACAAAGAGCACAGCUACUUUGUGUACGGCACUGAAAACAAAGUAUAUGCUCCGGAGUAUCCUGGCAAGAAGUGCAUGAUUCUGUAAAGUAAUUUGUCCAAGGCAAAUCGAAAGGCAAAAAAAGCUGCAAAUCAUGUAAAUUUGAAAUAAAACCAUAAGAUGCUGGAAGUACACUGUGUUUGACAGUGGACGAGGCUGAGGACAGACAGGUUGGUGUGGGAAUGGGAAGGGGGAUUAAAAUGGCAUGCAAACUGGAAGAACGUCACCUCAUAUUUGGCCUGGGUAGUCUACAACCCCAUGGCAUGAACAUUGAAUUCUCUAGUUUCGGAUAACCUGCUCUCUCUCCUUCUUAUCUAUCCAGGCCCUCUCACACACACACUUCUUUCCAACCCCACCCCACAACCCUCUAUCAGCCAGUUUCUUUCCACUCCUCCACUUCCUCCGUCUGUCUUUCACCCAUACACUCCUCCCACUGGGUCCCCUGUCCCCUCCUCCCACUGUUCCCAUCUGCCCAUCAUCCCUCCCUCUUCACCUUCCUUUCUUAUCGGAUUCCAUCAUCUGCAGCCCUUUGUUGCCUCCACCUAUCACCUCCCAGCCUCUGUUGCUCUCUCCACCCUUCCCUCCCCCACUGACUCCAUCUGCCAAUCGACGAGUCCUCACCUGCAUCCACCUAUCGCAUGCCAGCUCUUGCCACACCCCUCCCCCUCACCUCUUUAUACUGGCUGUCUCCCCUCUGCUCUUUCAGUCCAAAUGAAGGGACUCGACCCAAAAUGUCGAUUGUCCAUCUCCCUCUACAGAUGCUGGCUGACCCACUGAGUUCCUCCAGCAGCUUGUAUUUUGCUCCAGAUUCCAGCAUCUGUAAUCUUUUGUGUCUCCUGACGUAUUUUGGAGUUGAUGCUUUGAGUUUCUCUGGCUAUGUGUAAGCAACUUUUAAUUUUUAUAUACAUGGGUCAUUCUAUGAUGUUAUUUCCAAUCAACUGAAUGUCUUCAUAGCUUUAUUUUCAAUAUUCCAUUAUGUAACCUCACUGAAAUUC